GUUGAUAACACUAACAAUGAAUGCAUGAAUGAAAGUGAGGUUGGUUUUGGUUAUGUGUAUUUGGAAUUGAGAAUGGCGCUCCUUCAAAAUUUAGUAGUUUUUAACUUUUGGCUAUGUUUUACUUACGGAUUUGAAAUUUUGACAGAUGAAAACUAUCAUGAGUUUAUACAAUUUAAGAAUAAAACAGUUGUUAUUGCUAUCCUUGUUCGUAAUAAAGCACACACUUUACCAUAUUUUUUGACAUGUUUGGAAAGAUUAGAUUAUCCGAAAGAUAGGUUAACUCUUUGGAUCCGCAGUGAUCACAACGAAGACAACUCUGUGGAGAUUGUUGAGAGAUGGUUAUCUGAGUGGGCUGGUCUGUACCAUGAAGUGAGUCUGGAAAUGCAGCCGUCUCCUCCCCAUCAUCUGCCGGGAGAACUGGGACCUGCACAUUGGCCUCAGGCUCGUUACUCGCAUAUUAUUGGUCUGCGUGAACAGGCUCUCGCCUUUGGCAGACGGAGUUGGGCUGACUAUGUCUGGUUCCUUGACAGUGAUGUGUUUGUUACCAAUCCUCGCACACUACAUCAACUAAUUAGCAAAAACCAUGUAGUCACGGCUCCAAUGCUAAGGUCAGAUGGGCUCUACUCUAACUUCUGGUGCGGCAUGACAGAUGAGUUUUACUACCUUCGAACCAAGGACUACGAGCCUAUUCUGAAUCGCCAGCGUUCCGGCUGCUUCGCUGUACCAAUGGUCCACUCCUCGGUGUUGGUGUCCAUGCAGACUACACAGGCUGACAAUUUACACUUCGACCCACAGCUUGUGGAAGGCUACAAUGGCCCUCAUGAUGAUAUUAUUACCUUUGCACGCUCUGCUAACCUUUCUGGAGUGCCGCUGUUUGUGUGCAAUGAUCAGGUGUACGGAUAUGUUAUGGUGCCUUUAGAGAAAGAUGAUUCUCUGGACUAUGACAAGUUGCAGUUGACGAAUCUAAAAGUUGAGAUCAUGGUGGAAAGUUAUCCGUUGCCGGUAAGUGACCUGCUGGAGAGCUUCACAUCUGUGUCACAACCAGACACGCUGGGAGUGGACAGAGUGUUUAUGAUUAACCUGCGAAGACGCCCGGAGCGCCGGCAGCGUAUGGAGCAGUGCUUUGCGGAGCUAGGAGUGCAGGCCAUCACUGUGGAUGCCGUCGAUGGCAGGGAAUUGACAGAUGCAAUGUUGGAAGAGAUGGGCAUCACACUCAUGGGCGGCUACACAGACCCCUACCACAAAAGGCCCAUGAAACGAGGAGAAAUUGGUUGUUUUUUAAGCCAUUACUCCAUCUGGAAAAAAGUAGUACAGAGCGGAGAUGAAGUGGUGAUGGUGUUAGAAGAUGAUGUCCGAUUUGAAGCAUUUUUUCGACAAAAGGUUGAGGCAUUAUUGGAUGAGCUGAAAUCUUUAGCGUUGGAUUGGGAUUUAGUGUACCUGGGCCGCAAGAGACUACAGGAGCAAGAUGAAGUAUUUGUACCCGGAUCCAAGAUGCUGGUUAGACCCAAUUACUCAUAUUGGACCCUAGGUUACCUGCUUUCUCAGUCUGGGGCUCGCAAGCUGCUGGCAGCUGACCCCCUGAACUCUCUACUCCCUGUAGAUGAGUACAUACCCAUACUGUACGACCGUCACACCGAGGAAAAAUGGAAGGCUAAUUUCCCAGUGCGCAAUCUCCAAGCCUUCUCGGCUGAACCGUUGUUGAUAUAUCCUGCCCGCUACCUGCAUGAGGAAGGCUAUGUGAGUGACACGGAAGAUUCCCCUCAGGUGUCUCUCCCCAGAGAUGAUCUCUAGAGGUGACAAACUUGAGAUGAAGAACUGCACCAACUUGUAGCAGUGACAUUUGUAUUCUUAAUUAAGGUAUCAUUAGAAUAAAACAAGGUUUUAAACCUUGGAAACUGACAGCCGAAUAUAUCCACUGUAUAUGUUAAAAUCUUUUCAUAAUAAGUUCUUUUUAUAUAUUCAUGGUUUGACCUAUUACAAAAUGUGUAUUCAUGGAAGCUUCAUAAUGUGAUUCACUGUGGCUUUUAAUAACACUAAUCAUUUGAUCAAAAAUAGUAUUUUAAAUACAAAGUUGUGGAUGUAAUUUAGUUUAUAUAUUUUAAUAGAAUUUCUGUCACUAACAAAACAAAAACAACAGCCAACAUAACACUGACUGAACGUAGCUGAGUAGUCUUUUCAUAGUAACAACAUUGUAGUGCUAUCCUCAUAGCCACAUUAUUCACAUGAGUUGUUUUUCAUUUCUCCAAUAUGCAAUAGUUAUGUUUGUAUCCAUAUUCUUAUUUUCAUUAUGGAAAGUUAAAAAAAAGUUGUUUAAUCUGUCAAAGUGGACAAGUGCAGUUUUUUAACUCUUUUAAAUUCCCUUUUUCAUUAAAUUUUAAAGUACAAACUUUAUUGGAUGAUCUUUAGUGACUGCACUAGUUGUUCAGUUAGGUUAAUCGGAAAACAGUACUGAACUAUAAGUUGACUGUGAAUGUUCAAAAUUGGAUUUGCAUUGGUUCCUGAUAUAUCUAGUAAGAAAAUGAUUUGGAUGGUUAUAUAAUCAUUGUCAAACCUCUUGUUAAAAGAGACUGAUAGGAGUAGAAAAUGCCAAAUAUUAACAUAGGUAUAAUUGUAUACAAUUAUGAAUAAUUAUACUAAGCUCAUAUGUUCCUUUAUUUUUUUUCAAAUUACUGUCAUAUUUGAUGGCAUACAUACUUACCGUAGCUUUAAUAAUCCAAAAACUUCAAAUUAAUGUAUUCACAUAAAGAGAUUUGCUUAAAAGUGAAAAGGAAUAGAAGAUUUCAGUUUUAUAUUAUAUAUUUAUUUAGUAAAAUGAAUUUUUCUUAAUAAAUACGUGUUGGAUUUAUUUAAUUUGACAACUUGUUGAGCAACCUUCAAAUGUAACGUUUAUUAACAAGUAGUAAGUGUACAUAGUCCUAUACUCACAUUUCAGGUAUUCGUACCAUUUAAGUUACAAAUAAGCACAUUACAGGCUGUGCCUUUAGUGGAAUGCAUUUAUAUAUAAGGUAAACAAAUUUUCUUUAUUAAUAAUCUGCUUUAUAUUGUUAGUAUGCAUACAAUUCUACAGAUUUUACAUGUAGUACAUUUUUCUUUAUUUGCUUGUGCCAUUUAUCUGAUUUUUAUUUAGUAUGUUAGAUAUUUAUUUACCUUUGUCCUAAUUAUUACCACUACUUGUUACAUUCAUGUGUGUUUGUGUCAACAGUACACUGGUUAAAGCAUUUAUUAGUCGUUAAGUUUUUAAAUGAUUUUAACUCUAUUGAGUUAUAUAAUUUGUUCAUAUUUUAUUAUGUUUUACAAUUUUAUUAGGUUAAAGAUAUUGUUUAAUAAUAGAUUGAACACUUUAUACCAAUGUCUUAUAAAGAAGUUUUCAAUGUUAACAACAUCAUAUUUUGUAUGGUGAAACAUCUUGGUGCUUGCAAUAGUUAAUAUCUUAUUUUAAGGGGUUUUAAUAGUUUCAGUAAACACAAUGUGUUCAUACUAAAAGUGCCUUAUUAAUAAAUAUAUAAAUAAUCUAUAAGAUCUAAUGAUUGUAUUUAUGUACUGUGUUUAGUGUAUACUAUACAUACUACUAUUGCAUAACUUGUGCCAUUCUCUUGCCAUUUAAUUUUUCCAAAAUAGCUACUUAAAAUGGUGCCAUAUGUGGGUGGCUUAGAAGAGAACGUUGGUAAUGAAAUGUAAUAUUAUUUUAUGUUUUGAUCCAUUACACACAAUCUGCAAUAAUAAAUGUAAAGAAAUUUG